GAAGCCGAUACUACUGUAACCAUCUCAUGGACAGAUGACCAAACGGCACCUACCUUAGCAUCAGAACCCGUCUUUGAUAUCUUUUUGAUGACAGGGGCAGAUGACCAACAGACAAAGCUAGCUACAGUAUCCUCCGAUGUCAAUGGCGGAACCACUAAGGAUGUCAAAUACAAGGUCCCUUUUGUCUACCCUCCUGGUCAAAUUUACUUCCUCAUGUUCCAAACCAAGAACCAGAAUGCGACCACAUGGGCCACCCGUUUUACGAUAACGGAUAUUAAUGGUAAUCAUGGUAUGCUUCACCCAGUAAUCCCUCCAGGCGGCAAAAUCAAUCCGGGUGGCCUUGGCCAGAUCAUCUCUGCGGAAAAGGCACAAGAGCUUUCCGAGGGGAAUAAGGCCAGUCCAAAAAUGAGUACCCAUGGCAAUGUCAACAGCAAUAGCAACAGAAACUCACCUGAUUCAUCAUCGCCAGCUUACUUGCAUGGUGUAGCGAAGUCCUCCUUGGGGCGAGGAGUGGAUUCUACAGGGUUGACUAAUAAUGCUGGCUCCUUGUCUUCGUCAAAGGGCACCUCGUUGGAUACGGGCGCACAUUCAGGUCAAAGUGAUCAAGCAAACAAUAUUACUCGCAACAGCGGUAUUUCAAGCACUGCCUCCUCCUUUGUAAUAGCUGCAGCUAUCUUCUUUACAGCCUUGAUGGGCUUUUGAGAAGAAUAACGCAUCUACAUAUCUACCCUACAAUUUAUCGAAGGUGUUUGUUUUUUGUGAGCAACUCUAUAAUAGCUUUUUUAUCACAUCAUCUUCACUUGCUAGUGAUAUAUAUUCCACAAAAUAACUCAAGGAAAGUAAAAACAGAAAUAAAAAAAAAU